AAUUAUUGAAGACAGAGUUAUUGCUCAGUUUUUCAGUGACAAAUCCCCUCCUCGCUGAUCAGAUAUGGUAUAUUUGGAUCACGAUGGUCCACAACACAGUUCUGCCACAACAUAAUCAGGCCAUAUGAAUCCCUUCCCUAUUCAGUGAGAUUGUUUUCAUUCUUGGUUUAUGUUAUGUGGAGUAAUUUUGGUUUUGCGUGCAAGUAUGUGUGAUUUGCUUAUUAUGUUGUAAUUUUCAAUCGUUUGGUUGUUAAACUAAUGAAGCAUAUUAACGAGAAAACAUACUUAACCGGGUUUCAUGGCAUGGUGGUAAAGGAACCUUGGCUGAGGUGCCCGCCAUCACGAGUUCGAACACGGCCACAGCGGAUUUAACAUGGUUUCCGUUUGGCCUUCAGGACCUUCCUCGCCAGUUCCGGUUGGACGCGGUGGGAUAGUCGGACUAAGUGAGAGGUCCGGAUACCUGGAUUAUCAAAAAAAAAGACAUACUUUAAAAUGAAUAGUAAAGUAGCCUUAGCGGGAAACUGGUUGUUUUUUCCUAAAAGAAAAAACUUAUGAAACAGGUUGUUCUUCAGCUGUCUUGUCUUGUACAAAGGUGUUGGUUAAAAAUUUGUGGUUAGUAACCCGAAUGGGUGUGAACUAUUUACUUGGAUAAUGAUUGAAUCGCGUACGAGGUCACUUUCCUUAAAGAAUAUUUCGACCCUAUUUCAAACCCUUGGAUUACACGAAAUCCCUAUGUAAGAUAAGACAAUCAAAGUCUCAUUCUUGUUUUAGGCUAAGAUACAAGGAUAACAAAUAGAGUUUUAAUGCUUAUAUGUGUUUCUUCAAAGAUCUUUGAUGAUCAUUGAACAAUGAAUCUCUUUCUCUAUCGACUAACUAGUUUCAGAUUUUCAUGUGAUUCAAGUUAUGAAGUUAUGAUUUGCCAAUGCACUCAACUCCUUAUAUAAAGUACUAUAGGUUGGUUAAAAAUUUGUGGUAAUUAGUAAUCCGAAUGGGUGUGAACUAUUUACUUGGAUAAUGAUUGAAUCAUAUCGCGCACGAGGUCACUUUCUUUAAAGAGUAUUUCGACCAUAUUCCAAGCUCUUGAGUUACACGAAAUCCCUUUGUAGGAUAAGACACACAAAGUUUCAUUCUUGUUCUAGACUAAGAUACAAGAAUAACAAAUAGAGUUUUAAUGCUUAUAUGUGUUUUUUCAAAGAUCUUUGAUAAUCAUUGAACAAUGAAUCUCUUUCUCUAUCGACUAAUUAGUUUCAGAUUUUCAUGUGAUUCAAGUUAGGAAGAUAUGAUUUGCCAAUGCACUCAACUCCUUAUAUAAAGUACUAUAGGUUGCAAUGGUUAGUGUCAACAAUUGCAAUGGUUAGCACCAAUAUUUUCAAUAUUUAACAAAGAGUUACAAUCAUUAAUACCAAUAGUUGCAUUGGUUAGCCAAAAGUCACAAUGGUUCAUCGCCAAAGGCUUUAAUCAUCUACGGUUGCAAUGAUUUGUCACCAAAAGUUGCAAUAGUUUGUCACCAAAAGUUGCAACGGUACAUCACUAAUAGUUAUAUUCACAAACAGUUGCAUGUGUUCAUCUAAACAAUUAUAAUGCUUCACUUUAAUAGUUCUUUGAUGAUCAUUGAACAAUGCUUAUAUGUGUUUCUUCAAAGAUCUUUGAUGAUCAUUGAACAAUGAAUCUCUUUCUCUAUCGACUAACUAGUUUCAGAUUUUCAUGUGAUUCAAGUUAUGAAGUUAUGAUUUGCCAAUGCACUCAACUCCUUAUAUAAAGUACUAUAGGUUGGUUAAAAAUUUGUGGUAAUUAGUAAUCCGAAUGGGUGUGAACUAUUUACUUGGAUAAUGAUUGAAUCAUAUCGCGCACGAGGUCACUUUCUUUAAAGAGUAUUUCGACCAUAUUCCAAGCUCUUGAGUUACACGAAAUCCCUUUGUAGGAUAAGACACACAAAGUUUCAUUCUUGUUCUAGACUAAGAUACAAGAAUAACAAAUAGAGUUUUAAUGCUUAUAUGUGUUUUUUCAAAGAUCUUUGAUAAUCAUUGAACAAUGAAUCUCUUUCUCUAUCGACUAAUUAGUUUCAGAUUUUCAUGUGAUUCAAGUUAGGAAGAUAUGAUUUGCCAAUGCACUCAACUCCUUAUAUAAAGUACUAUAGGUUGCAAUGGUUAGUGUCAACAAUUGCAAUGGUUAGCACCAAUAUUUUCAAUAUUUAACAAAGAGUUACAAUCAUUAAUACCAAUAGUUGCAUUGGUUAGCCAAAAGUCACAAUGGUUCAUCGCCAAAGGCUUUAAUCAUCUACGGUUGCAAUGAUUUGUCACCAAAAGUUGCAAUAGUUUGUCACCAAAAGUUGCAACGGUACAUCACUAAUAGUUAUAUUCACAAACAGUUGCAUGUGUUCAUCUAAACAAUUAUAAUGCUUCACUUUAAUAGUUCUUUGAUGAUCAUUGAACAAUGCUUAUAUGUGUUUCUUCAAAGAUCUUUGAUGAUCAUUGAACAAUGAAUCUCUUUCUCUAUCGACUAACUAGUUUCAGAUUUUCAUGUGAUUCAAGUUAUGAAGUUAUGAUUUGCCAAUGCACUCAACUCCUUAUAUAAAGUACUAUAGGUUGGUUAAAAAUUUGUGGUAAUUAGUAAUCCGAAUGGGUGUGAACUAUUUACUUGGAUAAUGAUUGAAUCAUAUCGCGCACGAGGUCACUUUCUUUAAAGAGUAUUUCGACCAUAUUCCAAGCUCUUGAGUUACACGAAAUCCCUUUGUAGGAUAAGACACACAAAGUUUCAUUCUUGUUCUAGACUAAGAUACAAGAAUAACAAAUAGAGUUUUAAUGCUUAUAUGUGUUUUUUCAAAGAUCUUUGAUAAUCAUUGAACAAUGAAUCUCUUUCUCUAUCGACUAAUUAGUUUCAGAUUUUCAUGUGAUUCAAGUUAGGAAGAUAUGAUUUGCCAAUGCACUCAACUCCUUAUAUAAAGUACUAUAGGUUGCAAUGGUUAGUGUCAACAAUUGCAAUGGUUAGCACCAAUAUUUUCAAUAUUUAACAAAGAGUUACAAUCAUUAAUACCAAUAGUUGCAUUGGUUAGCCAAAAGUCACAAUGGUUCAUCGCCAAAGGCUUUAAUCAUCUACGGUUGCAAUGAUUUGUCACCAAAAGUUGCAAUAGUUUGUCACCAAAAGUUGCAACGGUACAUCACUAAUAGUUAUAUUCACAAACAGUUGCAUGUGUUCAUCUAAACAAUUAUAAUGCUUCACUUUAAUAGUUGCAAUUAUUCACUUGAAUAUCCAACAAAGGUGUUCUGUCUCCUGCAAGGGCAAGCAAAGUGAUUAAGCAAACUGAUGGACUACGGGGUCUAUUCAAAAAUUACGUUUAGAGUUUAAUUUAAAGUUUAAGGAAGAAAUGAAUGAGUAUUUGUAUGAGAUUUAAAGAUGGAAAAGAGGUUAGGUUCGGUUAGAUUUUUGAAUCUGGAUAUUUUCCCAGCCCUUCUAAGCAUGUCAUCAAACUCAUUUCACAAUGUCUCCAUCCAACAUUUUGAAAUCAACCUUAACCUAAUAUAUCGUUGUCUACAGCCUUUAUCUCCUUUCCCCCGAAAAAACUAUUCCUUUUAAAUAUAAAAAUAAAUAAUAGAAAAGAUACAGAAUAUCUACCACGCCUAAAUAAGAAUAAAUAAAAUAAAAUCUUCAUUUACCAACAAAAAAGCAAAAAAAUAAUAUUUUUCUCUAUUAGCCUUAAAAUCUGAUUUCCUACUCUCUUUCUCUCUAGAAUUAAACAAUUUAACAUCUCUUUCUCUCUCUCUCUUCUCGCACUCUUCUCUGGUCUCCUGAUCGUCUUCACAAAGGUAAUUCAAAUGGCAAGACUAAUCAAUGCUCUUCGUUAGUUAUUACAUUGCUCAUAAAAUGUUCUCUCAAUCUUCCCAUUUUUCAUAUGUUACAUUGCUUUUUUUACGAAAAAAAUAAAUAAAUAGGAGAGAUAAAUGGAGGAGCCGAAAUGGUUGGAAGGUCUCUUAAGAACAAAGUUCUUCAACAUUUGCCCUCGUCACCGCGAGACAUCGCGCAAUGAAUGCAACAUGUUCUGUCUCUCUUGUCAAAACGCUCCGUUUUGUAUCUACUGCCGCUCCUCCCUCCACAUUGAUCAUCCCAUCCUUCAGAUAAGAAGAUCGUCGUAUCAUGAUGUGGUUAGAGUAUCGGAGAUAGAGAAGGUAUUGGACAUAAGAGAAGUGCAGACUUAUGUCAUUAAUAGCGCGAGGGUUCUCUUCAUAAACGAGAGACCUCAGCCUAAGAAUUCCUCUCAUGGCGCCGCGUCCUCCACCACAACCAAAACCAUUUCCUACUUCUGCGAGACUUGUUGCAGAACGCUUCUUGAUCCCUUUCGCUUCUGUUCCUUGGGUUGCAAGGUUGAAGGAAUGAGGAAGAAUAAGGAAGAUGAAGAAGAGAGAUUGCGUAAAGAAAGACAACAAGAAACGCACAAAGGCACGCAUCCUCCAACUCAUAGGACCUCAAAUUCUAGGCGACGAAAAGGCAUUCCUCAUAGAGCUCCUUUUGCCUCCUAAUUUAAUCAAUAUUUUUUAAGAAAAAAAAAAACAUUACUUUAGUUUACUCCCUCCGUUUCAAUACAGAUGAUGUUUUAGAAAGAUUAUUUUGUUUGAAUUUACAUGAAGUUUUGAGA